CCGCUCCCGGUUUCAAAUUCAUUCUUGCUUCCCUGCUGCCUACUUGCAUUUUCUUCGCUUUUGGUGUUCAUAGUUCGAAAAGCCAUGGCGUUCUUGGCGAUCGUCGUGACGGCUACCAAGGUCGCCGGCGUCCUCGCUAGCCUCACCGUCGCUUCGAACGCAAUCUCCUUCUGGCGUUUCCAGAGGAAGAGUCUCCGGUCAUUCGAUUCCCCUAUCGACGAGAGCUCCGACAUUCUGGCGUCCUUUAAUGUUGACGGAGGAGAAAAUGGAUUUUUCUUUGGAUUGGCAACCGCCCCGGCUCAUGUAGAAGACAAGCUUAACGACGCAUGGCUCCAGUUUGCAGAAGAGAAUCCUUCUGGCGACUCUGUAUCACAGGGAGGCACUCAAACUGCUGAUGCUAUACUUGGUUCUGCUGCUGGUGAUGGUGGGUCUCAGCAAGCUUCAGUUUCCACAGAAGAACUAGGUGAGACUGCUAAGAAGAAGCAGGCAAAGAAGAAGAAGAAGAAGACGCUUAAGGUAGCUAUGGAGGCUAUGAUCAGAGGUUUCGAGAAGUACACAGAUGAAGAAAAAGAAGAAGAAAAGGAAGAAGAAGUGUCUGUGCCAGAUGAAGAGUGCCACCACAAUGUAGCAGCUUGGCACAAUGUUCCCCAUCCAGAGGAGAGGCUGAGAUUUUGGUCUGAUCCUGAUACCGAACUGAAACUAGCUAAAGAUGCUGGUGUCACUAUGUUCAGAAUGGGAAUAGAUUGGACACGGAUUAUGCCUGAGGAGCCUGUCAAUGGAAUUAAGGAUGCUGUUAAUCUUGCAGCAUUGGAGAGGUAUAAGUGGAUCAUAACAAGGGUUCAUUCGUAUGGAAUGAAGGUGAUGUUGACUCUUUUCCACCAUUCGUUGCCACCUUGGGCUAGUGAGUAUGGUGGGUGGAAGCUGGAAAAGACUGUUGAUUAUUUUAUGGACUUCACCAGGGUUGUUGUUGAUGCGGUCUCAGAGCUAGUAGAUUACUGGAUCACGUUUAACGAGCCCCAUGUCUUUUGUAUGCUAACCUAUUGUGCUGGUGCAUGGCCUGGUGGUCAUCCUGAUAUGCUGGAAGUCGCAACUUCUGCUUUACCAACUGGAGUUUUCAACCAGGCGAUGCACUGGAUCUCUGUUGCACACUCCAAAGCCUACGAUUAUAUCCAUGAAAACUGCAGUUCGUUGAAUCCACCAGUUGGGGUGGCACAUCAUGUGUCUUUUAUGCGACCAUAUGGUCUCUUCGAUAUUGCUGCAGUGACAUUUGCAAAUUCCCUCACUAUAUUUCCGUAUAUUGAUAGAAUAGCAGACAAACUGGAUUACAUAGGCAUCAACUACUAUGGACAGGAAGUGGUUUCCGGUGUUGGGCUGAAGUUAGUAGAGACAGAUGAAUACAGUGAAUCAGGACGCGGGGUAUAUCCUGAUGGGUUGUUUCGUGUUCUGCUUCAGUUUCACGAGAGGUACAAACAUUUAGAGGUGCCGUUCAUUGUUACCGAGAAUGGAGUUGCUGAUCAAACUGAUAUCAUCCGUCGACCAUACUUGUUGGAGCACUUGCUGGCGGUCUAUGCAGCAAUGAUUCUGGUUUCACCUCUCUUCACUUAUUUGUUUGACAACCAUUGUCUAAAUAGGAUAAAUUAGUGCUAAUUUUGGUCCUUGGAACUUUGAUAUGUUUCUGAAACGAAGUUCAUAACUUUUCACAGACCGACUCUUUCUGUCAAAUUUGAGUGUUUUUAGAUGUGGGCUCCACUUAGCCUAGCAAGUCACUUUGACUGCGAAAGUGUAUGAAACAACCCCUCCUAGAGGCGUUUACUCAGGGGUAGUUCAAACAAAUUUGCAAUCAAAGUUUCUGACGGAGUCUCACAUCUAACAUCAAGUCAGUCAACCUUGACAGGAAAGUUUGGUCUGUAAAAGUUGUGAUGUUGAAGGGUUAGUUUCAUUAAAAAUAACAGGAUCAGAGGCUAGCUUGAGAAGAGUAUCAAAGUUCUGGCCCGAAAAUAGCAUGCCCUUGUCAAUAAUCGGUAGCUUUGACAUGGAUGAUAAACUUUGCAGGGAAUUCCUGUGCUUGGUUAUCUGUUCUGGACCAUAUCCGACAACUGGGAGUGGGCUGAUGGAUAUGGUCCCAAGUUUGGCCUUGUAGCAGUCGAUCGUGAGAAUAAUCUUGCUCGGAUUCCUCGUCCUUCUUACCAUCUAUUUUCCCAGGUAGUGAGAUCAGGUAAGAUCACGAGGGAGGACCGGGACCAAGCUUGGGAUGAUCUUCAACAUGCUGCUAAAGAGAAGAAAACCCGACCCUUUUACCGGGCUGUCGAUAAGCAUGGUCUGAUGUACGCAGGAGGCCUUGACGAGCCAAUCCAGCGCCAGUUUAUUGACAGAGAUUGGCGGUUUGGACACUACGAGAUGGAAGGUCUGCAAGACCCUUUCAGCCGCUUAUCGAGAUGCGUUCUUCGGCCCUUCACCAGGAGAAGGACGGGAAAGAAAAAGGAAUAUGAAGCUGAGUCUGAACAUGUUCUUCAGCCUCUUAGCUCCAGUGUUUGAUUCUCUAGCAUGAUUUUAUUCGUGCUAUUCGUAAAUUUGUCGAUAUAAUGCUCCGAUACCUAUUGGAUGAGAACAUUAUUCAACAACGCUGUACUAACUAUGGUAUUUUUGACUUUUUAUAUCAUAUAACUAUGCACAUAUACCCAGUUGUCUUUGUGGAAAGAUUGCUGACCAAUGCGUUGAAGAUUGGAAUGCAACGUGAGCAAUUAGACAGAGAGUUAAUGCCAACUAGCUCUGGAAGCCGGGGUUAAAGGCCUGUUUCCAGUUCCAGUGACAUUAAGGCUCAUUUUUCUACAGGUAAGAAGUGCGAUGGAAAUAUGAGUGGUUUCCUUUCUGGUCACUGGUCAGAGAUUUACAGAGUGAAGAUUUCUUUCUCGAAUCGUGAUAGAUUUACUGGUAGAACUGACCUGCAGGCGUGCAUCAUUAUAUGCUUCAAUGCAUCCGUAUCUAUUGCAGGUGUAACAUUUAUGGUCCCUCCAACUGUGCAACGUAAAAUGAGAUGUAUUGCGAAGAAUGAAUUUCGUCCAUUGUAAUUUACUCCCGGAUUGAUUGAUUGAUUGACAUGUAGUUGCGUUUUUAUUGCACUGUGG